AUGUUAUUCACGGCCAGCUUCUUGUCUCUCGCUGCUGCCGCUGUCGCACAGACGGUGGUGAACGUAACUGUUGGCUUCACUGCGUCGGACCCUGGAGGGAUUUUCCAGUUCAAGCCCAACAACUUCAACGCCACCAACGGCACCGUCAUCAACUUCCAGUUUACUGGCGCUCCUGGAAACCACUCUGUGACCCAGGCGGCCUUUAAUGAUCCAUGCAACCCUCUCAAGGGCGGCUUUGACUCUGGUUGGGUUUUCGUCCCCAGCGCACCCUCCCCCGUGCCCCAGUGGAACCUGACUAUCACCGAUGCCUCGAAGCCCAUCUGGUUCUUCUGCAAGCAGCUGCUUCCUAGCCCCCACUGUGGUGCCGGUAUGGUUGGAGCGAUUAACGCACCAACUACUGGGAACACCUUUGCUGCGUUCCAGAAAGCUGCACAGAGUGCUGGCCAAAAUGCUGCUUCUGUUGGUCAAGGCAUAAAUGGCCUCGUUGGAGUCGGUGCAUCUGCCUCUGCCGAUGUUGGCCCCGUGGCGAGUGGUGUGACCGUCAUCGCUCUCUCGACCACAAUUGCCGGAUCUGCCCCCGCCGGCACUCAGACUGCGCCUGCCCCAUCUGGGAGUGCCGGUGGAAAGAGUGGAGCAACUAACGUUGCAGCAAACUCGCUCCUUGCUCUCGGUGCUGCUGCUCUCGGCUUUGUCCUCGUUUAG